GAACCAUGGAUGCAAGUGUUCGAAGCCUCUCCCUCGCCCUGCUCUUCGCUGUUGCCGCGAUACAUUAUGCUCAAGCUCAAGGCCGUGUCAUCUGCUACUACAGUAGCUGGGCGGUUUACCGACCGACUGACGGCAGAUUCACCAUUUCCGACCUCGACCCUUUCCUGUGCAACCACCUCAUCUACGCUUUCAUCGGUCUUCAGCCUGACGGACAAAUCCGAAUUAUGGACCAGUACAACGACAUCGAUUUAGGGGGCUACACGAAUUUCAAUGCACUCCGCCAGGUGAACCCUGAGCUGAAAACUCUGGUCGCCAUCGGUGGUUGGUAUGAAGAGUCCAAGAACUUUUCCAUAGUUUGCCGCGACCCUGCUUUGCGCGCCACCUUCGUCAACAAUCUAUUCGGCUUUGUCCAACAAUGGGGAUUCAGUGGCGCGGACAUCGACUGGGAGUACCCUACGGACAGGGGUGGAGCACCGGAGGACAAAGAGAACUUUUCGUUACUCAUCGAAGAGCUGAAAGCCCUCUUCGCACCUGCUGGACUCCUUUUGGGCGCCGCAGUCUCUGCCAACGUGCACAAUGCACCGAAUUAUUAUGACAUUCCGAGAAUUGCAGCGUCCUUGGAUUUCAUCAAUUUGAUGACAUACGACUACCAUGGGCCUUGGGACCCGGUCACUGGCUUCAAUGCACCUUUGUACGCAGGGCCAGCAGACCCUGAUCCAACCUUCAACGUAGAUGCAAGUGUGCAGAUGUGGCUGAGCUACGGCAUCGACCGGUCAAAAGUGGUUAUGGGAACGGCCACGUACGGCCGGACCUUCACCCUGGCUGACCCUGGAAACACUGGAGUCGGUGCUCCUGCAGUUGGGGCUGGGGUCGGUGGUCCUUGGACCAACGAACCUGGAUCUUUUUCAUACAUGGAGGUCUGCACGAGGCAGCUCUGGGAAGGUGGAUGGGGUCUGGAGUGGUACGAUCCUGCAAAGUCAGCCUACACUUUCAAGGGGGACCAGUGGAUCGGCUAUGACUACAUCCCAGCCAUCCAGGAGAAGGGUCGUUACGCUCGAAAUCAGGGCUUGGGUGGGGUUCUCGUGUAUGCUAUUGACUUUGAUGACUUUAGAGGUUUCUGCAACGAAGGAGUUAAUCCAAUUAUUACUAAUUUGAAGAGCGCCUUCUUCAAUGGAUAGAAUGGUUUCUUAAGGCUGAUAAAUACUUUUAAAAUUAAAACUUUAAUAUUGUUUUUUAAUAUUUAAAUAGCUUAAUGUUAGCGAAAAUUCUAGUACGAAAGUGUUAAAAUAAACUACACAAAAUGAUAAUAAUAAUAAUCACUUGCCUCUAUCCUGAGAAUGAUGUAAAAUUUAAAUAAAACUAUUUAGUUCGAAAAGCUGA